UCCAGAGCGCUAUGGCUUCACUGUUGCUUCUCUUGUUGAGCCGACCACUUACCGCGAGGCUGCUGCCGACCCUGACUGGCAGCACGCCAUGUCUGAGGAGAUUGCUGCCUUGGAGCGCCCCGGUACUUGGGAUCUUGUUCCCUUGCCUUCUCACGCCACUCCUAUUACUUGCAAGUGGGUCUAUAAGAUCAAGACCCGAUCUGAUGGCUCUCUUGAGCGCUACAAGGCUCGCCUUGUGGCGCGUGGCUUCCAGUAGGAGCAUGGUCGUGAUUAUGAUGAGACUUUUGCUGCUGUUGCUCAUAUGACCACUGUCCGGACUCUCCUUGCUGUUGCUUCUGUGUGGCAGUGGUCCAUCUCCCAACUCGAUGUUAAGAAUGCUUUUCUUAAUGGAGAGUUGCGUGAGGAGGUCUACAUGCAGCCACCUCCAGGGUAUUUUGUCCCUGCUGGCAUGGUUUGCCGGCUGCGUCGAUCUCUUUACGGCCUCAAGCAGGCUCCUCGGGCCUGGUUUGAGCACUUCUCCUCUGUUAUCAUUGAUGCUGGCUUUAAGCCAAGUGACCACGACCCUGCCCUCUUUGUCCACACUUCUCCUCGUGGCCGCACGCUUCUUCUUCUCUAUGUUGAUGACAUGAUUAUCACCGGUAAUGACUCUCAGUUCAUUGAUCUUGUGAAGAUGCGCCUCAAUGAUAAGUUCUUGAUGUCUGAUCUCAGUCCUCUUCACUACUUUCUUGGUCUUGAAGUCUCUUCCAUACCUGAUGGCAUCUACCUCUCCCAGGAGAAGUAUGUUCAGGAUCUUCUCUCCCGUGCCGGUCUCACUAAUCACCGUACUGUUGAUACACCCAUGGAGCUGGGUGUUCACUUGCGCACCACAGAUGGUGAACCUCUUGCUGAUCCGACUCACUAUCGUCAUCUUGUUGGUAGCCUUGUCUAUCUUGGGAUCAUUCGUCCUGACAUUUCUUAUGCUGUCCAUAUACUGAGUCAGUUUGUCUCUUCUCCCACCCAGCUCCACUACACCCACCUUCUUCGUGUUCUUCGGUAUCUUUGCGGCACCACUUCUCGACGAUUGUUCUUUCCUCGCUCUAGCCCUCUCCACCUUCAGGUGUACUCUGAUGCGACCUGGGCUAGUGAUCACUCUGAUCGUCGUUCUCUCUCUGCCUAUUAUGUCUUUCUUGGAUCCUCCUUGAUUGCUUGGAAAAUCAAGAAGCAGACAGCAGUUUCCCGUUCGAGUGCUGAGGCUGAGUUGAGGGCUAUGGCGACUGUGACAGCUGAGGUCACCUGGCUCCGGUGGCUCCUUGAGGAUUUCGGUGUGCCGGUUUCCACACCGACUCCUUUGUCUUCUGACAGCACUGGUGCGAUCAGUAUUGCGCGUGAUCCGGUCAAGCAUGAACUCACCAAGCACAUCGGAGUUGAUGCCUCCUACAUGCGAUCGCAGGUGCAUGAUGCGGUUGUGGCCCUUCGCUAUGUCCCUUCGGAGUUUCAGUUGGCAGAUUUCUUCACAAAGGCUCAAACAAGGGCGCAACAUGCUUAUUUCCUCUCCAAACUCACUCUUCUAGACCCACCAUGAGUUUGAGGGGGGGGUGUUAGAUGUAUAUGCAUCUUAUAUAUUUAGUCACUAGUAUAGGGUGCUCUUUGCAUAUUGUAUAUGACUUAUCAGCCCUUUGGGCAUGGCAAUACAAUCUGAGUUGCUCAUUUGUAACA